AGACGGAGCCCGUGCGCAGUCAGCUCCACCUGGAGCGCAACAGGCUGGUGCUAACCUGCAUGGCUGAGGGGAGCUGGCCACUGGAGUUCAAAUGGAUCCACAACAGCACGGAGCUAACCCGCUUCUCACUGGAGUACAGGUACCUCAUCCCGUCCCUGGACCGCUCCCACGCUGGCUUCUACCGCUGCAUCGUCAGGAACCGUGUUGGGGCUCUUCUUCAGAGGCGCACAGAAGUGCAGGUGGCCUUUAUGGGCAGUUUUGAGGAAGGUGAACGCACCCAGGCGGUCUCUCAGGGGGAGGGCGCUGUUGUCACAGCGCCGCGGAUUCGCAGUUUCCCACAGCCACAAGUCACCUGGUUCAGAGAUGGCCGCAAGAUACCGCCCAGCAGCCGCAUUGCCAUUACUCUGGACAACACACUGGUGAUCCUGUCCACGGUGGCGCCAGACGCCGGCCGCUACUACGUCCAAGCAGUAAACGACAAGAACGGAGAGAACAAGACCAGCCAGCCCAUCACCUUGACCGUAGAGAACGUGGGUGGUCCAGCAGACCCCAUCGCUCCCACCAUCAUCAUCCCACCCAGGAACACAAGCGUGGUCACGGGCACCUCGGAGGUCACAAUGGAGUGUGUGGCCAACGCCAGACCCCUUAUCAAGCUGAGCAUCUCUUGGCGUAAGAACGGUGUGUUGGUGAUGAGCGGUUUGAGCGACUUCAACCGCAGACUGACCAUCCUCAGCCCUGUGGUGAGCGACUCCGGCUACUUCGAGUGCGAGGCCAUUCUCCGCAGCAGCAGCGUGCCUUCGGUCAGUGCUGGGGCUUAUCUGCACAUUCUAGAGCCACCGCAGUUCAUAAAGGAACCAGACAAACACAUCACAGCCGAGAUGGAGAAGGUGGUGGAUAUUCCCUGUCAGGCUCGGGGAGUCCCCCAGCCCGACAUCGUGUGGUACAAGGACGCUCUGCCAAUCGACCCAGUGAAGACGCCCAGGUACAGGGUGCUGGUGGGAGGCAGCCUGCAGGUCAACGGCCUCCUGCCUGACGACACCGGGAUGUUCCAGUGCUUCGCCAGAAAUUCCGCAGGAGAGGUUCAGACCAACACGUACCUGGCUGUCACCAGCAUCGCUCCGAAUAUCACGGCUGGACCCACCGACAGCACGGUGAUUGACGGCAUGUCAGUCAUCCUGCACUGCGAGACCUCUGGUGCUCCUAGGCCGGCUAUCACCUGGCAGAAAGGUGAACGUGUGCUGGCCAGUGGUUCAGUGCAGCUGCCCAGGUUCACCCUGCUUGAGUCCGGCAGUCUACUCAUCUCCCCCUCACACAUCUCAGAUGCUGGGACGUACACCUGCAUGGCAAGCAACUCCAGGGGCAUCGACGAGGCGUCCGCUGACCUCGGGGUCUGGGCACGCACCCGGAUUACCACCCCCCCACAGGACCAGAGCGUCAUCAAAGGAACUAAAGCCGUCUUGACUUGCGGAGUCACACAUGACCCCAGCGUAACCGUCAGGCAUGUCUGGGAUAAAGAUGGCAGUGUUAUCAAUGUCCAGUCCAUUCCCCGCAUGCGGAUGGAUGCAGAUGGCACCCUCCACAUCUCCCAGACCUGGUCCGGUGACAUCGGCACAUACACCUGCAGAGUGACCUCAGUUGGCGGCAACGAUUCCCGCAGCGCACACCUCCGUGUUAGGCAGCUGCCCCAUGCCCCAGAGAACCCCACAGCUCUGCUGAGCACAUCGGAGAAAAGAGCUAUUGACCUGGCCUGGGCCAAGCCUUUUGACGGCAACAGUCCACUCAUACGCUACAUCCUGGAGGUUUCGGAGAAUAAUGCUCCCUGGGCCAUCCUGCUGGCUAAUAUUGAGCCAGAGUCCUCAGCGGUGACGGUCAAUGGCCUGAUUCCGGCACGCUCCUAUCAGUUUCGCCUCUGUGCCGUUAAUGAUGUGGGGAAGGGGCAGUUUAGCAAGGAAACAGAGCGUGUCACUCUCCCAGAGGAGCCCCCCAGUGCUCCUCCGCAGAACGUCAUCGCGAGUGGACGUACGAACCAGUCCAUCAUGAUUCAGUGGCAGCCUCCACCAGAAAGCCACCAGAACGGCAUCCUUAGAGGCUACAUUGUCCGGUACCGUCUCACUGGGUUGCCCGUGGACUACCAAAUCAAAAACAUCACCAGCCCAGAUGUGACCAACCUGCUGCUGGAGGAUCUCAUCAUCUGGACCAACUAUGAGAUCGAGGUGGCUGCCUUCAACGGCGCAGGUUUGGGCACUUUCAGCCACAAGGUCACCGAGUGGACGCUGCAGGGAGUGCCCACCAUCGCCCCUGGCAACGUGCAAGCCGAGUCAGUCAACUCGACCACUAUCCGCUUUACAUGGACAGCCCCGAACCCUCAGUUCAUCAACGGCAUCAACCAGGGCUACAAGUUGCUGGCAUGGGAGCCUGGUAAAGAUGAGCAAGUUGCUAUGGUAACAGUGAGACCCAACUUUCAGGACAGCGUACAUGUGGGAUAUGUGACAGGUCUGAAGAAGUUCACUCGGUAUCACACUUCGGUGCUGUGUUUCACUACGCCCGGAGACGGCCCCCGCAGCCCGCCCAAAGCUUUGAGGACACACGAGGACACUCCCGGUGCCGUGGGUCACCUGAGUUUCACCGACAUCCUGGACACUUCACUCAAAGUCAGCUGGAGCGAGCCGGGCGAGAAGAACGGGAUUCUCACAGGUUACCGCAUCUCGUGGGAGGAGUACAACCGAACAAACACCAGAGUCACCCACUACCUGCCCAAUGUCACCUUAGAGUACAGGGUCACCGGGCUCACCGCUCUCACCACCUACACCAUUGAAGUGGCAGGUAUGACCUCCAAGGGUCAGGGCCUGCUGUCAUCGUCCACCAUCUCGUCUGGUGUUCCACCAGAGCUUCCUGGCCCUCCAACCAACAUGGCAAUUUCCAACAUUGGCCCACGCUCCGUGACACUGCAGUUCAAACCUGGCUAUGAUGGAAAGACCUCCAUUUCCCGUUGGCAGGUGGAAGCUCAGGUGGGUCUGGUGGGAGAAAAUGAGGACUGGGUGAUGGUCCAUCAGGUUUCCAAUGAACCCGAGGCUCGCUCCUUAGAGGUGCCGGGGCUGAACCCAUACACCUUCUACAGGUUCCGAAUGCGUCAGGUAAACAUAGUGGGAACCAGCCUCCCCAGCCAGCCUUCUAGAAGGAUCCAGACCCUCCCGGCACCCCCUGACAUGGCACCCGCCAACGUCACCCUGCGCACCGCAAGCGAGACCAGCCUCUGGCUGCGAUGGAUGCCGCUGCCUGAAUGGGAAUACAACGGCAAUGCGGAGCAGGUGGGCUACAGAGUUCAGUAUUCCCGUGUAGGCUCACAGGGCCGGCCGCUGAUCCACGUCAUCGCCGACCGCCUCGAGAGAGAGUUUACGAUUGAGGACUUGGAGGAGUGGACGGAGUAUGAGGUCAGGGUGCAGGCUAUCAACGGUAUUGGGACCGGACCAUGGAGCCAGCCGGUCAGAGGCAGGACCAGGGAGUCUGUCCCCUCCUGUGGACCCACCAACGUCUCUGCUUUCGCGACUACCUCGAGCUGCAUCCUGGUGCGCUGGUUUGAAGUCCCCGAGCCGGACAGAAAUGGUCUGAUCCUGGGCUACAAGGUGGUGUACAAAGAGAAGGACUCUGACAGUGCAGUCCACUUCUGGACCGUGGACGGGAACGCCACCCACAGCGCGCAGCUAACUGGUCUCGGGAAAUACGUGCUCUACGAGAUCCAGGUGCUGGCCUUCACUCGGAUUGGAGACGGUCGGCCCAGUUCUCCGCCCAUCCUGGAGAGGACUCUGGAUGAUGUGCCAGGACCUCCAGUGGGUAUCUUGUUUCCUGAAGUGCGAACCACAUCAGUCCGGCUCAUUUGGCAGUCGCCCUCGCAGCCCAACGGCAUCAUACUCGCCUACCAGAUCACGUACCACCUCAACUCCACCAACAGCAACGCCGCCACGGUGGACGUGCUGAGCCCGAGCGCGCGUCAGUACACGGUGACCAACCUCAAGCCGGAGUCCGUCUAUGUGUUCCGCAUCACGGCGCAGACGAGGAAGGGCUGGGGCGAGGCCGCGGAGGCGCUGGUGGUCACCACGGAGAAAAGAGUGCGUCCCCAGCCCACUAGCCGACCAGUGGUUCCGCAGAAAGACGUCCAGGCCCGCCAGGUGUUGUUGUCAUGGGAGCCCGGCAGCGACGGCCUGUCCCCUGUGCGUUACUACACAGUUCAGCUCAGGGAGCUUCCUGUCAACAACUGGACGGUCCACUCCGCCUCUGUCAACCAUGAAGCCUCCUCCUACAUAGUAUCCAGGCUGAAGCCCUUUACAUCGUACCAGUUCAGAGUAAAAGCCACCAAUGACAUAGGAGACAGCGAGUACAGCGAGGAGAGCGAGGCCAUCACGACUCUACAGGAUGCGCCCGACCAAGCGCCCACAAUCCUCUCUGUCACGCCGCACACGACGACGUCAGUGAUGCUCCGCUGGCAGCCCCCCUCUGAGGAGAAGGUCAACGGAAUCUUAUUGGGCUUUCGGAUUCGAUAUCGUGAGCUGCUGUACGACCGUCUGCGCAGCUACUCCGCUCAUACCAUCACCAGCAUGUCCACCUGGGCUGAUCUCACUGCACCCUACAGUAUCCGUAAUCUGAGUGACUCAACUCUGGCCCAGUAUGAGUUGGACAAGCUGAGUAAACACAAGCGCUAUGAGAUACGCAUGAGUGUGUACAACGCUGUAGGCGAGGGGCCCAACAGCCCACCACAGGAGGUGUUUGUGGGAGAAGCAGUGCCUACAGCGCCACCCCAGAAUGUGGCCAUUCAGACUGCAACGGCCACCCAGCUGGACGUGACGUGGGACCCCCCACCCGUGGAUGCACAGAACGGAGACAUUCAGGGCUACAAGGUUUACUUCUGGGAGUUUCAGCGUAAGAAUGAGACGGAGCGGCUGCGGACUCUGUUCAUGCCUGAAGGAGGGGUGAAGCUGAAGAACUUGACUGGUUACACCACCUACAUGAUCAGCGUGGCACCGUUCAACGCUGCAGGGGACGGCCCUCGCAGCCCGCCCACCAGGGGGCGCACUCAGCAAGCAGCUCCCAGUAUUCCCAGCUUCAUUCACUUUAGCGAGCUGACCACCACCUCGGUAAAUGUGUCCUGGGGCGAGCCGACCUUCCCUAAUGGCAUCAUUGAGGGCUACCGUCUCAUCUAUGAGCCGUACACACCGGUAGAAGGCGUCAGUAAGACAGUGACGGUGGAUGUGAAGGGAACUGGACCUUUGUGGCUGAAGCUCAGAGACCUGGCUGACGGCGUCACGUACAACUUUCGCAUCCGAGCGAAGACUUUCAUCUACGGGCCUGAAGUGGAAGCCAAUAUCACCACUGGCCCCGGAGAAGGAGCCCCUGGGCCGCCUGGAGAGCCUUUUAUCACUCGCCACGGUUCAGGCCUGACCAUCCACUGGACCAGUGGAGACCCAGGACGUGCUCCCAUCUCACGCUACGUCAUCGAAGCCAGACCUUCAGAUGAGGGACUGUGGGAUAUCUUAAUUAAAGACAUCCCCAAGGAAGCGACGCUACACACCUUCAACAUGGACAUGCUAAAGCAAGGGGUCAGUUAUGAUUUCCGAGUAAUUGGAGUGAACGACUACGGCUAUGGCUCUCCAAGUCUUCCUUCCCCCUCUAUAUCUGCCCAAAAAGUGGCACCUUUCUACGAGGAGUGGUGGUUCCUGGUUGUGGUGGCACUGGUGGGGCUCAUCUUCAUCCUGCUGCUGGUUUUCAUCCUCAUUAUCAGGGGACAGAGCAAAAAGUACGCCAAGAAGUCUGAAUCAGUGACUUUGUAUGUUUGUCCAGGCAACAACUCCAACUGUAACGCUCUGACGCACGGAGACAUGGUCAGCCUGGACGAGGGACGCUUCCCCGCUCUGGAACUCAACAACCGACGGCUGUCUGUGAAAAACUCUUUCUGCCGAAAGAACGGAGUCUACACCAGGUCUCCCCCCAGGCCCAGUCCAGGCAGUCUUCACUAUUCUGAUGAAGAUGUCAGCACAAAGUACAACGACCUGAUCCCUGCGGAGAGCAGCAGCCUCACUGAGAAACCCUCCGAGAUAUCAGACUCACAGGAGGCGCUGGUGUUUUCAUAUGGGACAGGUGGCCUACAUACACUUCCACUGCAUUUGGGCAGUGACAGCGAGUACGAGGUGGACCCCAACCGACAGAAGACCCACUCCUUUGUCAACCACUACAUAAGUGACCCCACCUACUACAACUCCUGGCGCCGUCAACAGAAAGGCAUAUCCCGAGCACAGGCCUACAGCUACACAGAGUCUGAGUCAGGCGACCCGGAUCACUGCGCCCCACCGCCACUGCCUCCUCUACCUCCACUUCCACCUCAACUCAGUUCACCUAGUCCCCAACCGCAGCAGGCCCAGGGACAGCCCCAGGUCCAACCCCAGGUCCAACCCCAGGUCCAACCCCAGGUCCAGCCCCAGGGCCAAGGCAGCCUGUUUAGGCCCAAAGGUAGCCGGACUCCCACCCCCUCCCAGCAGAGCUCCAACCCCCCGAGUCAGCACAGCACCCUCUACAGGCCACCAAGCAGUCUAGCUCCAGGAUCACGGGCCCCCAUUGCUGGCUUCUCAUCGUUUGUGUAAAAAAAAGAAGAAAAAAGCUGAAAAAGACAUUGAAAUUUCUGGAAAUAUCUACCCAACUCGCAUAACUUGCAGUCAACGCAAUCCAGACAUUUAUGUCUAUUUUUCCCCCCAUUACUUUUAAUUUUUUUCCACGUUAUUUUCUUAUUCAGCUUGGAUACAAUGCGGAACAACACUAUGAUACUUUGAGUUUUAGGAGCACUUUUUGUCUGUGCCAGUGUGAACCUAAAUUCUUUUUACCAGUUGAGAAAAUACGCUCUGCCACACCUACUGUGUUCACUUUUUUAACCAUUCGCAUGACUUUUUUUUUUUUCAUUUAGUUCCUCCUUUUUUUUAACUUUUCUUGGAAUACAUUCAAAUUUGUAAUUUCUUUGAUUCUGUACAAAGUCACAGGCUUUUUUUUGAAAACACACAUGAAUAUACAUAAAUAUAUAUAUAUAUAUAUAUAGUAGAUGUACCUACGAGACAAAAUCAUAUCGAUGCAGAUUCUGCAUUGAGACUAACAUGAUGGAGCCAUGUUGUGGAAGGGAAAGGAAAGUGUUGGAUGACCUGGUGGUAAAAAAAAAAGAAAAGAAUGGAGAAACAAAGGACGGACGUGGAUGUGGAUUUUAUGCCAAAAUCAAACAAGUUUUAUUGUGUUGGCUGAAAGAGUUUUAUGCGCACUAUGGAGAUUCUGUCGUGUUUCCAUGGAAACAGCUCCCUGGCCUUUAGCACACAAACACUGAGUUGGACAACGUUUGCCCGCAGCCGGUCAAAAGUGACCUUGCUGUGCCCAAAGGGUCCAUAUGAAAUGAGUGUAUAUCUGUUGAAGUGAUUUACUCUUUUAAGUCUUCUUUUGUGAGUGUAUUACAGUGAAUCAAAGAUGCCUUGAUAGAGAAAUACUUAUUUAUAUCUGGCACCACUGACAAACUGAACCGCUUAUGGUGCUCUUGACUGUGGCAUCGAAAUGGCUGGCCUCGCUCUGUGGGAGCCAUCUUUUAAUCCUUACAGAUGUGGGCUGUGAAUUAAUUUGCAUACAAAACCCAUACUUUCUUUCAUGCUUUGCUGGCUCACACAUCAGUCUCAUAACUGCACACGUCUACUGAAAACGCUUUGAGGAACUUCAAAUGGAACCGAACUGUAGCCGUCUGGGACUGGUACAUGUUGGCGCUUUAGCUCGCCCCGCCCCCAGAAGUGAACAGUGUGAUUCUGAUGAGAAACAAAGUGGAUUUAUCUCUGUUUUCUUUCCCUGCUCGUAUAACUUGUCUGUCACUGAUCGCUAUCACGGGGGCAGCGCUCAGCCCGCGCCAAGAGAUGAUGUCAUUAAAUUGCCUCACCUCUUUCCCUUUUGUGUAAUCAACUGCUGUGUACUAUUCAGGUGUGACUGUGCUGUCCCAAAUACUAAUGUAUGUGUGAUUACACUUCUCGAGUGUAAGCUUUACAGAUCAUUCACUGUGUCUGGUUGUAAAGACUUUGUCCUGCAGCAACUGUAAACGUGCCUGGAGUAAUGCCACAGAGGGUCGGCACUGUCCGACCACCUGCCAGGUGCAUUCAUAAGGCUAUAGUGAAGACUCAGUGGUGUGUUCCUAGUUUCCAUAGUGAAAAAAAAGGGAAGAAAAAAAAAAGUCAUCUGCUUCAUUUUUUUUUGUUUCUCUCUGUGGGGUAAUUUCAUUGUACGCAACAAAUGCUUAUCAUGCUGAAUCUGAAUGAAUAUAUGAUCACAGUACAUUUCUGAAAAUAAAUUAUUUUUCAAUGUUA